AUGGACAGUAAAAAACAACUGGAUCAAUUGAAGGAGGCUAAACUCCUGGCAAUGCAUAAUCAUCCAGAACAGAUGUUACCAAAAGUCCUUGAAACUACAGAUACUCUUUUAGUCAAUGCAUUCAAUAAUAACGAUAGCAAUUCUACUACAGAAUCAUCGGAAUGUAUUGACUUGGCUAGAUUCUUCUCUCAAUUAUUUUCUGAUAUAUUAAAUCACAAAGAGAUUUCCACAAGUGAAUUACCAUUUAUUGCUGCUAAACAUAUCGACACUUUAUCAAUGGUAUGUCAUAGAUCUAAAGAUCCCAUUACAUUACAGAUUACUAUUUUAACAUUUUCAGGUAUUUAUCCAUUAUUAGUAGAUUUAGUGGCAAAGACUUCAAAUGAUAAACUUUGGGAUAAAUUACAAAAAUUUAAAAAAUUUAUUACAACAAAAUGGAAAAGUUAUACUGUUAAUGGAGACUCCUCAAAUGACGAUUUAAUCAAUGACGCUAGACAUAUUGGUUGUAAACUUGCCAUAGUUAAGUUCAUCUCUCAAUGUAUAAUUGUACAGACUAAUCGACCACAGGAUCUUGCACCACCAUCAUCAUCAUCGAGUAUUCAAAAUAACCCUCAUGGGAAUUAUCUGUAUACUAUUAACUUGUCCUCUAUACCUGAUAAUCAUCCAGUGAUUUCUAACAAAUCGGGAUUAGAGGCAGAAUCUAAAGUAUUGUUGGGCUUGUUAAUAAGUUAUUUGAUAGAUGAACCAAUGAUGAUUAGUUCUGUUUUUAUUGGGAUUAUUAAUUGUUUGGCGUUUAUAAUGAAGGAAAGACCACAAACUAUGACCAGAAUCUUGACAGGGUUAUUGAAAUUUAAUGUUGACGCAAAAUAUCAAUUGGAUAACAUUUCUACGAUUAAUUAUAAAUUGUCUAAAAGAUACGUCGAACGUUGUUAUAAAAAUUUUGUUCAAUUUGGUACUAAGAAUGAUUUAAUUAAGAAUAAUGGAUCAUCAGGUCCAUUAUGCAGUAAAUUAACUAAAAUAUCCCAAACGUUACAUAUAAUAGGUGAAGAAUCAAAAAGUAAAGGUAUCUUAAAUUUUGAUCAGAAUCAAGUAGAAAACAAAAUUCAAGCUCCAGAAAGGGAAAAGAUAAUGUCAUAUAGAUCAAAGAUUAAGCAGAAAUAUUUUGCCAAUCGAUCAAUGAAUGAUAACAGUUCGAGUGGUGUUACUAGUAGUGGCAGCAGUGGCAGCAACAGCAGUGGAAGUAUUAAUAGUAAUUCUACAAAUUCUACAAAUUCCGUAACACCUUUAGACAGUAAUACCCUAACGUUACUCAAAAAUUUACAACAAUACACCAUGUCGAAAAAUAAUAUUACAAAAUUUUUCAAUACAUCUCCUGUAGCUACUAACAAUUCAUAUGGAUCUGUUUUUUCAUUAAUGAAUAGUGGAGAUUCACAACAAGAUUUGUCUCAAUACCCCCAGGAAAUACUAGCCAAAUUAGCCACUGAAGCUAUAUUUAGGGCAUCAACAACCAACUUAAUAUCAGGUUUAUCCGUUGUAGCCUCUAGGUACACGGAUCUAAUGUCAAAAACAACUAAUAAUUCAACUGGAAACAAUGAUAAUAAACGUAAGUUGGAUAAUGAUGAAAUCACUAAUGGGCAUGACAUGAAAAGACCUAAGACAGAGGAUGAUAUAAACAAUAACAUCAAGACAGAAAAAUUUCCCUCUGAUGAUAACGAAUUAGAAGUCGAUGAAUUAGAUGAGAAUGUUAAUGGUGAUUUUGAUAUUGUCAAGUUUCUCGGCAAGCCACAACCUAUCUCUGAUGAUCAUAAAUUAGAGAUGGCUAAAAGAAUUAUUAAAAAAAUUAUGAACAUAAAAGAUAAUACAUUUUCACCACAGUUGACAUCUUCAAAAUUAGAAUCACCUCUAGAAAAAGUUAAGCUAUUAGAUUGGAAUAAUAAAGAAUCUUGGUAUCAUAUACUUAUAAGACUCGCUACAAGAGGUACUACAGAUUCCCCCGAGAUCAGUGAUUUAAUCCGUUCAGAAUUAUUAUCCUACAUAUUGACAGAUUUUCAAAGUACGAUUUCAAUUGUGAUCGAAUGGUUAAAUGAAGAAUGGUACAGCACAUACAUAUUAAAAUUAGGUGAUCCUGAUGUAAACAAUUACACCAAAUGGUCAUUAAAAGUAUUAGAAGAUCUAGUUCCAUUCAUGGAGAACCAGCAUCGUCGUAUAUUCAUCAGACUGAUGAGUGAACUUCCAAGACUAGAACAAGCACACUUCGACAAGACAAAAUCUAUAUUGCUAGAUCCAGGUAGAAGUGCGCUCGGUUUUCAAACUUUAAAAUUCUUAAUCAUGUUUAGAGCUCCCGUGAAGAACUCCAUCAAAAAUUUGUUAGAACAAGUUAUGCAAGAUGACCCGUCGUUGCAAGAACAGGUACAGCCCAUCCUAGAUAAAUACUAUACAUCAUCUACAUAA